AUGGCAAGUUGUGUCGCGCCUCUUCUUCAAAGUCUUGCUGGGCUGUGUCGCGCCCUCCUUCUCCCGCGCAAGGCCAAAGCUGUGUCGCGCCUCCUCCUUCUCCAAGGCCAGAAAGCCGGUCGCGCCUCCUUCUCCCGCGUGAAGCCCCAAUCAUCGACGUCGGGAGGAGAUGGAUUCUUGACAGACAUUCUUCUAAAUGGAGGUGAUGGUGAUGUUGCUGGUUUGGACGACCUCAACUUUCUGAUCACACAAGACACUCAGAGUAUUCAUGACCUUCCUUCUGAAGUUCAAGAAGUUCAUGUGGAAGUGCAGCCAAGUCGCAGUACAAAGGGACCGAAGAGGACAAAAAAAUUCAUUAUUUCACAAGCAUCCAUGAUGUACCAGGAAUUAGACAAGGACAACAAGUCAUUUACUCUUAUACAUUGUUGGAACAUAUUGAAGGAGGAAGACAAGUGGAAAGCCAAGAGGAUUGAACUUGCCGAGCUGGAGAAACUAGCAAGCAAGAAAAAACAGAAGUCCACCAAGGUGUCCAGGACAAGGGAUGUAGAAGCCCCCAACAAUGAAGAAGUCACAGAGUUAAGCAUAAAAGCACUGAAAAGAAAAGGCUUCGGUAUCUUGUUUCUCCAGAAGGAAGAGAUCAUCUUCACCUUUACCGGGAGGAUCCUAGGCCAAAUGCCUCUCUUUGAUAAGAAACCUUUCUCCUUACUGGAGCCCCCUAAGGACUUGGAUUCAAAGGAGAAGGUGUUCCAAAUUCGAUUCACAAAGGAGAUAUUCCGAGAUUAUGAAGAAUACCUAAAGAGGCUAAACCUUUAUCGCCAAAGAGUUUGGACAUGUAAGAUAUCUGGAAAAUCUAAUUUAACUUUUGAAGAAGCUUUGGUAUCUGAGCAUAAAGCUAUGGAGAAGGCUCAAAAUUUGCCAACUGAGCUAAUGGCUCAUGUUCUUCGGAUGACUCAAUACAGCACUCUUGGUUUACAUGAACUUAUCGAUAAGAUAUAUGCCAGUCUGCUGGAAGAAGUAUUUGAAGGAAUAGAACUACAUGCUAAUAAGGAUGGUGCUGUGGCACCUUGCAAGAUUUUGAAGAUUUUAGAUUCUGGUGGCACAAAGAUGUGUGAAGUUGGUUGGAUUCGGCAGGGUAAGGCUGUGACCAACACAUCAGUAAUCAAAGCUGCAGAUCUGUUUUACCGGAGGGCACCUGUUAGCAGGAAUACGCUGAAGAUUUUUAUUAGAGAUGCUACAUCACAAAGUAAUCCAUGGGUUAUCCAUGAGAAUCUCGCCAAAAAAUUUGGCAUAUCUAUGGACCCCCCAGACAGCGUAAUGAAGAAAGGGAGAAAAAGACAAGAGAAUGGAACCAUUGAAGAUGGGAGGAAAAAGCUCAAGACAGAUGAAGAACAGGCAUAUGUAAUGAUUAAGUAUCCAAUAGAUGAUCUGCUAGUAAGGCCCAAUGCAGAUGAUCCGGCUUUAUUUAAGAGGCCUCCUCUGGCUACAGAUUUUAGAGUACCAAGAUGUUCUGUGGGAGAUCUCCUUAUGGUAUGGGACUUCUGCUCGUCUUUUGGGAGGGCUCUGAAUCUGUCCCCAUUUCCGCUAACAGAUCUGGAGAAUGCAAUUUGCCACAAAGAAAGCAAUGUUCUUCUCGUGGAAAUACAUGCAGCUAUGUUUCACUUGCUUAUUAAGGAUGAAGGUGACUAUUUCACUGUUCUGCAGAACAAGAAGCGGAAGUUAAAGGUAAGUUCAGUAACAUGGGCUGAGUAUCUCUGUGAUUUCUUGGAAAUGGCAAAAAAUGAAGAACUAUCCACUAACAUUGCAACAGUAAGAAGGGGUUAUUAUGGUCUUAUUGACACUGAUAUAAAGCUUAAGAUCCUCCGGGAACUAGUGGAAGAAGCUAUUCAAACCUCUGCCAUUAGGGAGAUACUAAGCGACCGUGUGGACCAGAAACAAGUCCUUAAUGCAACAAAAAGAGAGAACACCAGAAAGGACAAACAAGAGCAAAAUCUGAACACUGAAAUUGCCAUGAAAAAGGAGGAGAAUCAGACAGAUGCUGUGCAAGGUGGCCAUGAGGGUGUAGAUGAGCUGGUUAGGGGAAAAGAAAAUGACAAGAGCAAUAUUUGUCGGAGUAGGACAGAAGGGAAACGACACCUGGUACGACACCUUGAGACGGAGAUAGAGAAAUUAUCCAUCCGUUCCAGCCCUCUUGGUAAAGACAGGCAGUACAAUAGGUACUGGUUUUUCAAGCGUGAAGGAAGGCUUUUUGUUGAAACUGCUGAUUCCAGAGAAUGGGGUCACUACAGCACUAAGGAAGAGCUUGAUGUGCUCAUGGGCUCAUUGAAUGUGAAAGGUAUAAGGGAGAGAGCUUUGAAACGGCAACUAGAGAAGUUCUAUAGUAAGAUAAGUAAUGCCCUAGAGAAACGAUCAAAAGAUAUUGCAAACAAGAUGUUGCUUGAAGAGGGUGUGCUGCGCCGUUCCACACGUGUCCGGGCUAACCCAAAGGACAACCCGUCCAUGGCAUUCCUCAAGUAUGUCAACAAGUGGAAGGAUAACUGA